AUGGAGGAAGCUGCACGUAUCGCUUUUUUCGAGCAUGGAUCGGAGAAAAUCGUAGUCAUAUCGGGCGUGGGCACAAGAGAUUAUUACAGAAAGCUUGGAUACGAGUUGGAUGGUCCGUACAUGAGCAAAUCCCUGUCUGCUGAAGAACUUCGAAUUUUAAGAGCUAGAAAUUGUGGACAGUAUGAGCUGGAGCUAGAUAGCGGACAGAUCCAACUGUGUGAGGUGGUGCUUAUUCAGUUGGUCGUU